AUUUUAUUUUUUUGGCACAUAAGUUAGAAAAAAAAACGCACGAAUCAUAAAAAGUGUUCAAAUAUAAUUUAAAAGCACAAUAUAUUAAUGUAAUUACUAACAUUGAUGGAGGAAGGAGUUAAAUAAAUGUAUAGUAAAGAAUUAAAGUGAAAAGCCACUAUUCUUGCCAUCUUUCGACAAAGUUCCCCCGCCCCAACAUUUCCUCAUACACACGAGAAUCUUUGCAUAAAACAGAGUGUAUACCAAAAAAUAAAGCAAAGGCAAAGGCAAAUAUAAAUUGAGGGAAAACGGGAAAGCUUUCGAGGGAUUAUAAGAAAUUAACGCAUAAAAUAACAUUAAGUAUUGCAGUGAUAACGGGUUUAUCGUUUAAGGAAGAACUAACCUCACGAAAUGUCCGAAAUGAAUAUCGAUAGUAUAAUUUCAAGGCUCCUAGAAGUGCGGGGAGCUAGACCUGGUAAAAAUGUGCAAUUAUCAGAAAGCGAAAUUCGUGGUCUAUGCUUAAAAUCUCGAGAAAUAUUUCUAUCUCAGCCUAUACUGCUAGAACUGGAGGCACCUUUAAAAAUAUGCGGUGAUAUUCAUGGUCAAUACUAUGACCUAUUACGUCUCUUCGAAUAUGGUGGUUUUCCUCCAGAAUCAAAUUAUUUAUUUUUGGGUGAUUAUGUAGAUCGUGGCAAACAAUCCUUAGAGACAAUUUGUUUGUUAUUGGCGUAUAAAAUUAAAUAUUCUGAAAAUUUCUUUUUGUUGCGUGGAAAUCAUGAAUGUGCCAGCAUCAACAGAAUAUACGGUUUUUAUGAUGAAUGCAAACGUCGUUACACAAUAAAACUAUGGAAAACAUUCACAGACUGUUUCAACUGCUUACCAGUUGCAGCAAUUGUUGAUGAAAAAAUAUUUUGUUGCCAUGGUGGCUUGAGUCCUGAUCUGCAAUCAAUGGAACAAAUUAGACGUAUUAUGCGACCUACUGAUGUUCCUGAUCAAGGCUUGUUGUGUGAUCUUUUGUGGUCAGAUCCUGACAAGGAUACAAUGGGUUGGGGAGAGAAUGAUCGCGGCGUGAGUUUUACAUUUGGAGCAGAGGUUGUUGGUAAAUUUUUAGAAAAAAUGGAUUGCGAUUUAAUAUGUCGGGCACAUCAGGUCGUCGAAGAUGGUUAUGAAUUUUUUGCGAAGCGACAACUGGUUACUCUCUUUUCAGCACCAAAUUAUUGCGGUGAAUUUGACAAUGCGGGUGCAAUGAUGUCAGUGGAUGACACUUUAAUGUGUUCUUUUCAGAUACUAAAACCUGCUGAUAAACGACGUUUUGUGUACCCUAACUUUGGUAGUUCAGGGCGUCCUUUAACACCACCACGUGGUGCAAACAAUAAAAAUAAAAAAAAAUAAGCAUAAACCAAAAUAGAAAAAAAUAAGCCUAAAAAAUGAAUUAUAAUUUU